UACUCAGCUUCGCUUCAAAAGUAAGUAUUCGACUUUUCUGCAUUCCUCGUUCAACAUUUAUCCAGAUGAAUAUAGUUUGGGUGUUAGUUGUGGCAGGUGCUGUUGCUUUGGUCUCUUGUGAUGAUGCUCCUAAGGACCCAGAACUAGAAGCUGUUCAACAGAAAUUACGAAAAUUAGAAUUAAUAGAAAAGUUCAUAGAUGCGAUUCCUUCGAAUAGGAAAACGGCUGAACAAAGGUCAGACUGUAUUCCCGUCGGUGGUCAGUGUACGCUAAUUGCCGGACUGAAUUGCUGUGGCUUUAGAAACUGGUGCAAUUACAAUGAUGAAUACGUGCCAGCUGACGAGUACAACCCUCCAAGAUACAUAAACAGGUGUCGGGAAGGCAGUAUGACAGCAUAUGCUGAAGAUAUGUGGAAUGAAUAUAUCGGCUGAAGUUCUUGACUUAAAAAGAGUUUUCAAAUUGCUUUUAUUUGUGAUUAAAAUAAUUUAAUUUAGCGAGAUAGCUUAUUUUUUAAUUUCUGAUCUCAGCUUUUGAUAAUGUUUUGUCUUUAACAAACAGUAUUUAUUGAAACGAACAUAUGAAAUGUUAAUACUUAGACUGCAGAUUUUCAUUACAAGAUUUUACAACCCAGUUAAAACAUUAAAAUAAAACAAAGUUAAAAUAAGCAUUAAAUUAGUAAAAUUGAUAAGAUGAUUGAUAAAGAUAAUUGAAAAUAUUUAUAUAUCUUUUCAUUUGCAUUUAUAUAUUUCCUAAUAUAUUCAUUCAAAGCGUUAUUAAACCUUUCGACUAUGUAAAUUUUAUUUCUGCAUUUUCUGUAGUAAAUCAAUAAAUAUAAAGCACGACAA